CGAUAGCCUCUUCAGGUAUGUAGUUGAGCAGCCCACGAGCACUAAAGCUCUUUCCGCGACCGGGCAAACGUUCACUAUGGUGGCCUCGGCGAGUUGGCAGUUGGACCUGCUCGGCGCGCUUUCGGGAGCGCCCAGCCCCCAAAUGGCCGCUGCUGGGCUCGCGCUCCUGCUGGCGUCGCUGCUGAUAUACCUACUUGAUCCCAUUCAGCGUUGGCGCCUACGCAAGGUUCCAGGUCCUCCUGCGCGGCCGCUGCUGGGCUGCCUGCCGCAGCUGCGGGCGCAGCCCAUGCCUCUGUUCCUUCAGAGCUGCGCCCAGACCUACGGACCCGUGUUCAAGGUGGCUCUGGGCCGCAAAUGGGCCGUGGUGCUGGCGGAUGCGGAGAUGCAGCGACAGGUCGGCUUCAAGCUGAGGGCACACGCGCUCUUGGAUCCUGACUUCACCCGCGGACGGUACCACCGAGUCAUCCUCACCAACCUGUUCCGAGCCAACGGCUCCACCUGGCGGCAGCUGCGUGCCGCCUGGCAGCCUGCCUUCGCGCCUGCCAGCCUGGCCGGCUACCUCCCACUCAUGACCGGCUGCGCAGACCAGCUGGCUAGGCGGCUGGAGGCCAAGGCCACAGCCGCGGCCGGUGCCACAGCCUCCGGUGCUACAGCCGGCGGCGGCAGCAGUGUGGACAUGUGGCGUGAGCUGGGCGGCAUGACGCUGCAGGUGGUAGGCUCCACUGCAUAUGGGGUUGAUUUUCACUCCAUCAAUGAGGAGGACCAGGCUGGAUCUGGAUCUGGAUCUGGGUCUGCUAUUGCUACUGCCGGUGCUACAGCCGCCGCCAAGGGCCGUGGCGAUGACGGCUACGGCAAGCAGCUGGCGGCGGCGUGCGGCCAGAUCUUCCGAUACACAAGCAGCGCGCAUGGCAGCCCCUACCUGCGCGUGGCGAUGCUCUUCCCCGAGCUGCGGCGGCUGCUUGUUCCGCUGGCGCACACACUGCCCGACAAGCGAUUCGCCAUCCUGAUGCAGGCGCGCAACAGGCUGUCAGGCGCGGUGUUCCAGCUGAUGGACUCGUGGAAGCAACAGCACAUCGCCGCAGCAGGAUCCGGGGCUGCUGGCAAAGGAAGCAGCGGCAAGGCGGACGCGUGUCAACCCAGCACCAGCAGCCCUACCGCACACCCUCACACUGACUUCGACGCGGGCAGUGACGGCACUGGCUCGGCGCGGCAGAGCAGCAACGGCGUGGGGGCUGCUGCUACCAGCGGCCGCGGCGGUAUGGCUGGUGUGGCACCCGGGAGCUUCCUGGACCUCAUGCUUGGGCAUCGUCAAGGCGGGGGAAGCGGCAGCGGCGGAAAGAAGGCGGAGGGCGAGGAGGGUGUGGAGCACGCGCCCCUGACCGAUGAGCAGGUGGCGGGGCAGGUGCAGCUGUUCAUCUUGGCGGGCUACGAGACGACCGCCAACGCCCUCGCCUUUGCUGUGUACUGCAUUGCAACCCACCCCGAGGUGGAGUCUCGUCUGCUGCGUGAGGUGGAUGAUGUGCUGCCUGGGUCAGACCAGCUGCCCGGCGAGUCCGACCUGCCGCGCCUGGCCUACACGGAGGCGGUGGUGAACGAGGCGCUGCGGCUGUUCCCGCCCGCGCACCUCACCAGCCGCGUGGUGCCGCCCGGGGAGACGCUCACGGUUGGCGGAUUCAACAUCCCGGCUGGCAUUCCCAUUUUCCUACCCAUGUACAUUGCGCACCGCGACCCCGCCGUGUGGCCGCGAGCGGAUGUGUUCCUUCCCGAGCGCUUCCUGCACUCCUCUCCGCUGUACGAGUCACUGCAGCCGCGCGGCGCCGCCCAGCAGCACGCCCACGCGCCGUUCGGCUACGGCAGCCGCAUGUGCAUCGGCUACAAGUUCGCAAUGCAGGAGGCCAAGGUGGCCCUCGCCACACUGUACCGCCGGCUGACCUUCACGCUGGAGCCGGGCCAGCAGCCGCUGCAGGUGGAGGCGUCACUGACCAUGGCGCCGCGCGGCGGGCUGCGCGUGACGCCGGUGCCGCGGCGCAAGCUGUGAGGCGAAGGUGGCGGAGACGAGUGAAGAAAUGUGGGAUGCAGGACGUGUUGCGAGAGGGCGCCCGCUUUGGGGUCUGACAGCAUGAGGGCUUUAGAGGCCGGUCCGGGCGUAGCACGACGUUUAUGGCAGAAUGUUGGCAUGUUGUUUGUCGCCCUUCAGCAACUGCAAGAAUCUGUGGAGGUAGUACGGCAGGGGAACUAACGACUUGCA